AUGGCCAACAUUGGCGGACCCAGCCAUAGUAGGAGAACUCUACUAGCUAAAGUUAGCCAGUCAGUACUGAUGUACGCGGCGCCUAUAUGGGGGAUGGCUUUACAUCAAAAAACAUGUGCCAACAAGGCAAAGACAGUUUCCAGACUAAGCGCCAUUAGAGUUGCCUGCGCGUUUAGAACGGUGUCACAUGAAGCUGUUGGUAUCAUAGCUGGCCUUAUGCCACCGGAUAUAAUGGCUUCGGAGCUUAGCAGAGUCUAUCAAAAGACAAAACGUGUGAAUAGGCGCCUAACGGACGAUGAGCGCAAUGAGGAGAGACAAAUACAAGGACAGGACGAAGAUACACAGAAUAAAUUUUUACAAAUAUAUUUCAUGGGCAACAUGGAAGAACAACUUGAUCGACGCCUAGGGAUCAAUGCAGGAAUGAAGCGAGCAAUUCUUCAAGACUUGCAGUGUCUGCUUCAUGAACAUCAUGCGUUGGUCAGGUUGUUUAAGAGUGCUUUAGAGCGCAUGCCAAAUUAUGACUAUAAAGUUGUCAUCAAAGCAGAUAAACGACCAUCUGGAACACACGAACGCACAUUUAAUGCUCCAACAGUAGACGAAGUUGCCAUCUUGAUUGUUGGUGAACAAUUGGAAAAACGCGAUAUUGUGCUUACACGUCGCGAUACUGGGCAACUGCAACAAAUAUCGGAAACUCAUCGAUCAUAUGACGCAUUGCAAUACCCACUGAUGUUUUGGCAAGGAGAAGAUGGAUAUUAUUUUAAUAUUAAAAUGAUAAAUCCAUUGAAUGGUGAAGAAACUACAAAGAAAGUUAGCUCAAUGAAUUAUUAUGCAUAUCGUUUGAUGAUUCGUCAAAAUGCUGACAACUAG